AUGGCAGACGCAGGCGGCAAAACGAGCAGAGGUAGCACUCCGGCUGCACGCUCCGGUGGCGGUGUUAUGCUAAUCGCAUCAAUUUUGGUAUUAUCAGUUUGUUCGUUUGCCCGCGCACAGGACUUUGGUUAUGAUGGCGACAAAGGACCGUCGCACUGGGGGGAACAGUUCAAUUCCUGCUCCGGAAAGUACCAAAGCCCGAUCAACAUCAACUCGCAGUACGUGAGAAAGGUCAAUCUGCCGCCGCUGGUGUUUCACGGGUUCGAUGUCGCACCGAAGGAAACCAAUCUCACCAACAACGGGCAUACAGUGUUCGUUACCAUGGAUUCGGAAGUAACUCCAACGGUGGCCGGCGGGCCACUGCCCGGUGUGUACGAGUAUUCGCAACUGCACUUCCACUGGGGUGAUAAUGACACGUUCGGGAGCGAGGACAUGAUCGACAACCAUCGCUUUCCUAUGGAGUUGCAUAUCGUGUUCUUCAAGCAGGAGUAUCAGAACGCUCGUACGGCGCUGAACCAUCGGGAUGGGCUGACGGUGCUGGCGUUCUUUUUUGAAAUUGCCCCGGAGGACAACCCGAUGUACGCCGAAUUCAUCGACCUGCUUGGUAACGUGACCGAAAGCCAUCAGUCGGCACGAUUUGAUGUUCCACCGUCCCUGAAAGAGCUGAUCGCGGAAGAUCUGCUGCAUUAUUACACAUACAACGGAUCGCUAACGACGCCACCCUGCAGCGAAGUGGUAACGUGGAUCGAUUUCAAGGAACCUAUACUGCUAUCGCACGCACAGGUUCAAGCAUUCCGAGCACUGCAGGACGACGAAGGCCAUCGACUAACGCACAAUUUCCGUCCCGUGCAACCCCUCGGCGAUCGGAUCGUGCUCUUCAACACCGACGAAAUGAUUAAGGAGGUCGACCUGGACAAAGAUUUACCCCCGGAGGUGGGCGAGGAUGUGGACACGAACAAACUUGACACUCCGACAAGGACCGCCGGCGUCGGAAGUCAGUCGGCGAAAGAUCCUAACGACCGAAAACACCCACGUAACAGUGCCUCUUUCCCGGCGAUCAACCAUUGGUCGUUAGUUACGUCCGCAAUGGUGCUUGUGUCACUUUUGUUUCACUCCACGAUCGAAUGA